AUGUUCCGCCGUCAUCAUCGCCCAACUACUACCACUACCCGCGAAAGCAAGCCAUCCCUUAUGACCCGUCUGAAGGGGCCCAAUGCCCGAACGAAGACUGUCAAGACCAAGACCACAACUACCCGUCACGGUCCUGCUACGCACCGCACCUCCAAGCGUCGCUGGGGUGUUUCCCAGCCACAGCACCACCACAAGCGCAAGGUCACUAUGGGUGAUAAGGUCUCUGGAGCUAUGAUGAAGUUGAAGGGAAGCUUGACUCGCCGUCCCGGUGUCAAGGCUGCUGGCACUCGACGCAUGCACGGAACUGACGGUCGGGGAAGCCACCACCAUGUAUACUAG